GCAGUUGUGUUCCAGACAACAAAUCUCCAGCAUCUUCGCCAUAUUGACUCUGAGCUGUCAGGGGAUUCAGGCUUAUGAGGAGGUUCUGUCACACAAAACAGUGUCUGGUGAAGACGACAAGAAAGAGAGGAAAGGAUCGGAAAAAGAAGCUAAAAUACUGUAGAAAAUCAUGAGAUCUAUUCGAUCUUUUGCCAAUGAUGAUCGCCAUGUUAUGGUGAAACAUUCAACAAUUUACCCAUCUCCAGAGGAACUUGAAGCUGUUCAGAAUAUGGUGUCUACUGUUGAAUGUGCUCUUAAACAUGUCUCAGAUUGGCUGGAUGAAACAAACAAAGGCACAAAAACAGAGGGUGAGACAGAAGUGAAGAAAGAUGAGGCCAUAGAAAACUAUUCCAAGGAUCAAGGUGGUCGGACAUUGUGUGGUGUAAUGAGGAUUGGCUUGGUUGCAAAAGGCUUGCUGAUUAAAGAUGAUAUGGACUUGGAGCUGGUUUUAAUGUGCAAAGACAAACCCACAGAGACCCUGUUAAAUACAGUCAAAGAUAAUCUUCCCAUUCAGAUUCAGAAACUCACAGAAGAAAAAUAUCAAGUGGAGCAAUGUGUCAGUGAGGCAUCUAUUAUAAUUCGGAAUACAAAAGAACCCACGCUGACUUUGAAGGUGAUACUUACUUCCCCUUUAAUUAGGGAUGAAUUGGAGAAAAAGGAUGGAGAAAAUGUUGCGAUGAAAGAUCCUCCGGACUUACUGGACAGGCAGAAAUGCCUGAACGCCUUGGCGUCUCUUCGACAUGCCAAAUGGUUUCAGGCAAGGGCAAAUGGAUUAAAAUCAUGUGUAAUUGUCCUCCGCAUUCUGCGUGAUUUGUGCAACCGAGUCCCCACAUGGGCACCAUUAAAAGGAUGGCCACUAGAGCUUAUAUGUGAAAAGUCUAUAGGUACUUGUAAUAGACCUUUGGGCGCUGGGGAGGCCUUGAGACGAGUAAUGGAGUGUUUGGCAUCUGGAAUACUACUUCCUGGUGGUCCUGGCCUCCAUGAUCCUUGUGAGCGAGACCCAACAGAUGCUCUGAGCUAUAUGACCACUCAGCAAAAAGAAGAUAUUACCCACAGUGCACAGCAUGCACUCAGACUAUCAGCCUUUGGCCAGAUUUAUAAAGUGCUGGAAAUGGACCCUCUUCCAUCCAGUAAGCCUUUUCAGAAAUAUUCCUGGUCAGUUACUGAUAAAGAAGGUGCUGGGUCUUCAGCUCUAAAGAGGCCAUUUGAGGAUGGAUUGGGGGAUGAUAAAGAUCCCAACAAGAAGAUGAAACGGAACUUAAGGAAAAUUCUGGACAGUAAAGCAAUAGACCUUAUGAAUGCCCUCAUGAGGCUAAAUCAGAUCAGACCUGGGCUUCAGUAUAAGCUUCUAUCUCAGUCUGGCCCUGUUCAUGCCCCUGUUUUCACAAUGUCUGUAGAUGUGGAUGGCACAACAUAUGAAGCCUCAGGACCAUCCAAGAAAACAGCAAAACUUCACGUAGCAGUGAAGGUGUUGCAGGCAAUGGGAUACCCAACAGGCUUUGAUGCAGAUAUUGAAUGUAUGAGUUCCGAUGAAAAAUCAGAUAAUGAAGGCAAAAAUGAAACAGUGUCUUCAAACUCAAGCAAUAAUACUGGAAAUGCUACAACUGAAACCUCCAGUACCUUAGAGGUAAGAACUCAGGGCCCUAUCCUCACAGCAAGUGGCAAAAAUCCUGUAAUGGAGCUUAAUGAAAAAAGAAGAGGUCUUAAGUAUGAACUCAUCUCGGAGACUGGUGGAAGCCAUGACAAACGCUUUGUAAUGGAGGUAGAAGUAGAUGGACAGAAAUUCAGAGGUGCCGGUCCAAAUAAGAAAGUGGCAAAGGCAAGUGCAGCUUUAGCUGCCCUCGAGAAGCUAUUUUCUGGACCCAACGCAGCAAAUAAUAAGAAAAAGAAGAUUAUCCCUCAGGCAAAAGGUGUUGUGAAUACAGCUGUAUCUGCAGCAGUCCAAGCUGUUCGAGGCAGAGGAAGAGGAACUUUAACAAGGGGAGCUUUCGUUGGGGCCACAGCUGCUCCUGGCUACAUAGCUCCAGGUUAUGGAACACCGUAUGGUUACAGCACAGCUGCCCCUGCCUAUGGUUUACCCAAGAGAAUGGUUCUGUUGCCCGUUAUGAAAUUCCCAACAUAUCCUGUUCCCCACUACUCAUUCUUUUAGCAAAUGACAGAAGCUAAUUCCUAUUGAGCAACAAUGCAGUACAAUGCAGAAUGUUAGAGAAAAAGCCUUUUUAUCCUGCUUUCUUUGAACACAUACUUGAUCAAAAUUAUUUGUAAAGAACAUCUUUCCUACUUUUUGAUUUUAACAAAUGCAAAUUUAGUUCUUUAAAACUUGAAAAA